AUGGCUAAUCGAUCUGCUAUGGCUGGUAUCCCUGAAGAAAUUAAUUCACUUUAUAAGGCGGGCGAAGAAAAUGAUGAGUUUGGCAAACUUAAUGAGGCGAUUUCUUGCUAUAUGCUAGUCUUGGAUAAAGUUCAAACUUUGGCCACAAGCAGCAUCGAUUUCCAUCGAUUUCAAAUCGACGUUUGCUUACGUGCUAGUGACAUCUAUCUACAGCAAAAUGAAUGGAUGAAAGCUGAACCAUUGAUUGAACAAGCGCAAGAUAUAGCUCAAAAACUGGAAAACGAAAUAGUGAUUGCUCGAUGUUUAGACCGAUACGGUACAUUUAAGCGAAUGCAAAGAGAUUGGAAAGGGGCAUUAGAUGAUUUUAUAAAAUCACUAGACAAAAAGUUAAGGUACUUGGGCAAUGAUAAUUCAUAUGGUAGUAAUUCGUACGAAGAGGUGGAAGUUGUAGAUUAUUGUCUUGGUAAAUAUAAACUGGCUGACUCUUUCUAUGAAAAAUCGCUUAAAACUCAAAUUUCAGUGCUAAAUUACAAUUAUUCCGAAGUUGCAAAAAGCUAUAACUAUUUAGGAAAUGUUUUUGAUGAUCAAUGCAAGUAUGAAGAGGCUGUUUCAAUGUAUGAAAAGUCAAUUAAAAUUCAAUUGUCAGUGCUUGGAGGAAAUCAUCUCGAGAUUGCCCAAUCCUAUAACAGUAUGGGAAAUACGUAUUACCAUCAGGCUAAAUACGAAGAAGCUUAUACUAUGCAUGAAAAAUCGCUCAAGAUUCAGCUAUCAGUUUUGAAUCACAAUCAUCCUGAUACUGCUAAAACAUAUAACUAUCUAGGAAAUGUUCUUGACGAACAGGCUAAGUACAAGGAAGCAAUUUCCAUGUAUCAUAAGUCACUCAAAAUUCAGGUGUCAAUUCUUGGCCGCAAUCAUCUCUAUGUUGCCGAAUUAUAUAAUAACAUGGGAAAUGUAUUUUCCCAUCAGUACAAGCACGAAGAAGCUAUGGCCAUGCACGAAAAUUCACUCGAAAUUCAAUGCUCAGCUCUUGAGAAUAAUCACCCCGAUAUUGCCAAAACAUAUUUUCAUCUUGGAAAUAUCUUUUCUGAUCAGAAUAAAUAUGAAGAGGCGAUUUCUAUGUAUGAGAAGUCGCUCAAAAUUCAAUUAUCGACUCUUGGUCACAAACAUCCCGAUACAGCCAAAACUUAUAGCUCUCUGGGCAAUGUGUUCGUCGAUCAAGAAAAAAAUGAAGAGGCUAUUUCUAUGUUUAACAAGUCACUGGAAAUUCAAUUAUCUGUCCUUGGUGACAUGCACUCCGAAGUUGCGAAGUCAUAUUGCAAUAUAGGAAAUGCGUAUAAUCAAAUGAUGAAGAAUGAAGAUGCUAUUUCUAUGUAUGAAAAGUCGCUCAAAAUUUUAAUGUCAAUCUUUCAGCAUAAUCAUCCCCAAAUUGCCAAAUUAUACAACAACAUCGGAAUAGUUUAUCAAAAUCAGGGCAAUUAUGAAGUGGCUCUUUCUAUGUAUGAGAAAUCACUCAAAAUUCAGUUGUCGAUCUAUGGCUGUAAUCAUCCCGAUGUUUCAAUAUCAUAUUGUAGUAUGGGAGCUUUGUACCUUGAUCAAGGUAAACUAGAAGAGUCUAUAGAUAUGUUUAAGAAAUCUCUCAAGAUUCGAUUGCUAAUAUUUGGUGAAAAGCAUAGCCUAGUUGCAAAAUUAUAUAAUAAUAUAGCAGUGGUGUACCGUAAUCAAGCCAAGAAUGAAGAAGCUAUUUCCAUGAUUGAGAAGUCACUGCAAAUUAAACUAUCAAUCUUUGAUCACAAUCAUCCAUCCAUAGCCUCGGCAUAUAACAACCUGGGAGUUUUAUACUUUAUGCAGGGGAAGCAAAUGGAAGCUACUUCUAUGCUUGAGAACUCCCUCAAAAUUCGAAAUUCUGUCCUGCAAUGCAAUCAUCCUGACAUAGCCACAUCAUAUAACAACAUGAGUCUUAUCCAUAGAUAUCAGGGCAGGGAUGAUGAAUCUAUCUCUAUGCAAGAAAAGUCACUCAAAAUUAGAUUAUCAAUCCUUGAUCAUAAACAUCCAGAUGUUGCCCAAUCGUACAAUAAUAUUGGUCUUAGUUAUAUUGAUCAGGGAAAUUAUGAAGAAGCUAUUUCUACGUAUAAGAAGACACUCGAAAAUCAACUAUCAGUUCUUGGCCAUCAUCAUUCGGAUAUUGCUAUUUUAUAUAACAAUUUAGGAAAAGCGUAUUAUCGUCAAGGUAAACGUGAAGAGGCUGUUACUAUGUUUAAGAAAUCGCUUGAAAUUCAAUUGUCAGUCCUCGGUCACAAUCAUCCUGAUGUUGCUAGUUCAUAUAACAACAUUGGUCUCGCCUAUAGUGGUCAAGGCAAGCACGAAGAGGCUAUUCGUAUGUUUCAGAAGUCACUUAAAAUUAAAGUAGCAGUCUUUGGUCAUAAUCAUCUUGAUCUUGCUGAUACAUAUAUGAACAUAGGCAUCACGUAUUAUUAUCAGCACAAACAUCAAGAGGCUAUUUCUAUGUACGAGAAGUCACUAAGUAUUCAGUUAUUAGCUCAUGGCCAUGAUCAUCCUGAUAUUGCCACAAUAUAUAUUAAUCUAGGAAAUGUGUAUAAUGAUCAAGGCAAGUACGAAGAAGCUAUUUCUGUCUUUGAGAAAUCGCUCAAAAUGCAAAUGUCGGUCCUUGAUCACAAUCAUCCCACUAUGGCCAAUACAUAUAGCAGUAUUGCUCAUGCUUACGUGCAUGUAGGAAAGUAUCAAGAAGCUAUUACUAUGUAUAGAAAGUCACUCAAAAUUCGAUUGUCAAUUGGUGGUAACAAUUACCUUGCUGUUGCUGAACCAUAUAACAACAUGGGAGCGGUAUACAGUAAUCAGGGCAAGCAUGAUGAAGCUAUUUCCAUGUAUAAGAAAUCACUCAAAAUUUUAUUGACAGUCCUUGAUCACAAUCAUCCCGAUCUUGCCAAAUUAUACAACAACAUAGGAGGUGCGUGUUGUGACCAGGGCAAGUAUGAAGAGGCUAUUUCUAUGUUUAAGAAGUCGCUUAAAAUCAAUUUGUCAAAUUUUAGUGUAAAUCAUCUUUAUGUUGCUCAUUCAUACGGCAAUAUCGGAACUGCUCAUCAUCUACAAGGCCAGUAUACCAGGGCUAUUGCCAUGUUUCAGAAAUCACUGGAAAUUCAAUCAUUAGUUCUUGGUCCCAGUCAUCCAGAUAUCGCUAUAGUGUAUAACAACAUGGGAGCUGCAUAUAGUUGUUUAUGCAAGUAUGAAGAGGCUUUGUCUAUAUUUGAGAAAUCACUUAAAAUUCGACUAUCAGCCCUUGGUCGCUAUCAUCCCGAUGUUGCUAAAUCAUAUAGCAACAUUUGUUCUGUCUAUAACAAUCAGGGAAAAUAUGAAGAAGCUAUUUCUAUCAGCGAUAAGUCGCUUAAAAUUCAAUUGGUAGCCCUUGGCUACCAUCAUCCUGAUGUAGCCAGAUCAUACAGCAUUUUAGGAGAUUUAUAUGGACGUCAACACAAGCUUGAAGAAGCUAUUUUUAUGCAUAAAGAGUCUCUCAAAAUUCGACUAUUGGUCCUUAGUCAUGAUCAUCCCGAUGUUGCCCAUUCGUACAGCAAUCUGGGAAAUUAUUAUCUUAUGCUGGGAAAGUCAGAUGAGGCUAUUUCCAUGCAUGAGAAAUCGCUCAAAAUUCGAUUAUUACUCCUUGAUCACGAUCAUCCUGAUAUCGCUCAUUCAUAUUGCAACCUGGGCACUGUAUAUGCUUAUCGAGGAAAGUUUGAACAGGCAAUUUCUAUGUUUGAUAAAUCACUCAAAAUUCGAUUAUCAGUCCUUGAUCACAAUCAUCCCUAUGUUGCAAGUUCGUAUAAUAAUCUGGGAGUUGUGUAUACUUUGGCGGGAAAGCAUGAGCAGGGUAUAUCUAUGUACGAAAAAUCACAUAAAAUUCAAUUAUCUUUCACUAACCACAACUCUCUCGAAGUAGCUAUAUCAUAUGACAGAAUGGGUGCUGUAUAUUAUUAUCAAGGCAAGUAUGAAGAAGCUGUUUUUAUGUUUAAGAAAUCACUCAAAAUUAGAUUGUCUGUCCUCGAUCACAAUCAUCUCGACAUCGCAAAGUCUUAUAACAGCAUUGGUCUAGUUUAUGCGAAUCAAAGCAAGCAUGAAGAAGCUAUUUCAAUGUACGAGAAGUCACUCAAAAUUCGAUUGCCAGCGCUUAGUCACAAUCAUACCGAUGUUGCUGCAUUAUAUAACAAUCUGGGAAAUGUAUUUUAUGAUCAGGUUGAAGGAUUGCCUCAGCAUCAAUCUAAAUAA